AUGUCCGUCGCCCGCUCCCUCCCCUCCUCCCCCUCCUCCUCCGCGCCGCGGCUAGCUAGCCAGUUCCUACGAACCCGCACGAGCACGGCUGCUCCUUCACGGCUACUGACGACCGGGCCCUCCCGGCGUCAGGCGGCGCUGUUGCCGUCGCCGCUGCCGUUGUCCUUGCGGCGCGGUGUGGCCGCGACCGCCGGAUGGUUUCAAGUUGCGAAUGGUGUCAGUUGGACUCAGAGGGGGAAGCGCGAUACGGCCACGCGGCGGUUUUCGACAGCGGCGGCGGCGGCGGCGGCGGCGGACAAGAUUGCGGAGCGGAAUCCUGAGUUCAAGAGGUAUGGGUUUGAGGAGAUCACCGCCUCCCUCCCCACAACCAGCACCACCCCGGCCCCCAUCCUAAUCGACGUCCGCGAACCCGCCGAGCUCCGCGCAACCGGCAUAAUCCCCACAGCCCAAAACAUCCCCAUCGGCACACACCCAGACGCCCUCUUCCUCCCGCCGGACGAGUUCCUCACGCGCUUCGGCUUCGCGGAAGCCAGAGGCCGAGGAAUCGUCAUCGUCGUCGUCCGUCGUCGUCAUCGUCUUCGGGAGAAGGAGAUAAACCGGACAUCGUCUUCUACUGCAAGGCGGGCGUGCGCGCGCGCGCCAUGGGCCGCGUUGGCGGUGCCGGCUGGCAAGCAAAAAAAGAAGAAGAAGAAGAAGAAGAAGAACGAGAAGGUGGUGGAUUAUUCGUUAUGGAAACUCUUGACUUGA